UCUUCCCGUGAUGCUCUGCGUCGCACCGGUGUAGCGUGUGUCCUCCGCGGUCUUCCGUUGUUCCAUUGAGAAAAGCUCAACAUGGCAUCCGACGGACCACCGGGUACCGACUCACACCCGUCCGAUUUAGGAAGUGCUAUCGCGGCUUUGAACACAUGGAGCAAUCCGGAGCUCCAGGGCAGGCUGGCCGAGCUGGGAGCGCCCGCGAUGGGUCCCAGAGAGGAGCUGAUUGACAGACUGAAGGGCUACAUGAUUCAGACUGGGAUCCUUCUCAGCAAACCCAAUGAUGACAAACCAAUGGGCUCUCAGAUGCAGGGUAUCCCUCCCAUGCCCCCAAUGCCGAUGCCACCCAUGCCUCCCGGUAUGGGCAUGCUCCAGGCUAUGAGCAUGAUGCCAGGAGGGCCCCCUCCACCGGGCAUGCACAUGGGCAUAGAACCCCCAGGUUUACCCCCACCCGGCCUGUCACAGGACGACCAGCUGAAGAUGGCUCAGCAGAGAGCCGCCAUGGUGCUGCAGCAGGAAGAGAGGGCCAAACAGCAGUCUCCCUCCUUUGUAUAUCAGGCCGCAGUGAUGAUGGAACAGGAGCGUCAGCAGGAGAUGGCAAAGAUGGGCCCAGGUAGAGCCAUGCCCCCCAUGAGCGCAAUGAGAGGUAUGGAUCCUCGCGGCCCGCUUCCUCCCGGUGUCACUAUGAUGCCGAGCCAGAAACAGAGAGUGCCGCCUCCUCCAGGAGAGGACAGCAGAGAGGCCUGGCAGAGUGAUGAGGUCAGCGUCACCGGGCCCAAGAUCCCUCAAGCUCUGGAGAAGAUCCUCCAGCUGAAGGAGAUCAGACAGGAGCAGCUCACCGACCCCACAGAACAAGAGGAGGAAGACGAGGAGGGAGCAGACAUGGACGUGAACAACUCCUCUGGAGCAGUCAUGUCUGAGACAGAAGACGAUGACAGCCAGAUGUCAAAGAAAGAUAAAAACCGCAGACGCAGGAACCGCAAGAAGAAGAACAAGAAGAAGCGAGCCCAGGAAAAGAAGGAGCACGAGGAGCAGCAGAAGGAGGAAAGUGAUAAGGAGAAGGAGAAGGAAAAAGACAAGGACAAGGACAAGGACAAGGACAAGGAAAAAGACAAGGACAAGGACAAGGACAAAGAGAAGGAAAAGGAGCCAGAGGUGGAGAUUGAGUACAUCACAGAGGAGCCAGAGAUCUACGAUCCCAACUACAUCUUCUUCAAGAGGAUCUUUGAGGCGUUCAAGCUGACAGACGAUCUGAAGAAAGAAAAGGAGAAGGAGCCAGAAAAGGCAGAAAAACAGGAGACAGCCGUGCUCAGGAAGAAGGGAUUCGAGGAGGAGAAGAAAGACAGCGACGAUAGUGAUGAGGAACUCAGACCAGAUGUUCCCAAACUAUCAAAGAAGAAGCUGAGGAGGAUGAACAGGUUGACUGUGGCUGAACUCAAACAGCUGGUGGCCCGUCCAGAUGUGGUGGAGAUGCACGACGUGACGGCCCAGGAGCCCAAGCUGCUGGUCCACCUGAAGGCCACCAGGAACACGGUGCCAGUUCCUCGCCACUGGUGCUUCAAAAGGAAGUAUCUCCAGGGCAAGAGAGGUAUAGAGAAGCCUCCGUUUGAGCUUCCAGAGUUCAUCAAGAGGACGGGAAUCCAGGAGAUGAGGGAGGCCCUGCAGGAGAAGGAGGACGCCAAAACUAUGAAAACCAAAAUGAGGGAGAAGGUUCGUCCAAAGAUGGGAAAGAUCGACAUAGACUACCAGAAGCUCCACGACGCCUUCUUCAAAUGGCAGAUCAAACCCAAGCUCACCAUCCACGGAGACCUUUACUACGAGGGUAAAGAGUUUGAGACUCGUCUGAAAGAGAAGAAACCGGGCGACCUAUCCGACGAGCUGCGUAUCGCUCUGGGAAUGCCGGUCGGACCUAACGCCCACAAGGUGCCUCCUCCCUGGUUGAUAGCCAUGCAGAGGUACGGCCCCCCUCCCUCCUACCCCAACCUCAAAAUCCCAGGACUCAACUCCCCCAUCCCAGAGAACUGUACUUUUGGUUAUCACGCCGGAGGCUGGGGGAAGCCGCCAGUAGACGAAAUGGGCAAACCUCUGUACGGCGACGUGUUCGGGACCAAUGCUGCAGACUUCCAGGCUAAAGCGGAGGAGGAAGAGGUGGACCACUCAACAUGGGGAGAGCUGGAGCCGUCGGACGAGGAGUCUUCAGAAGAAGAGGAGGAGGAAGAGAGCGACGAGGAGAAACCAGACGAAACCGGAUUCUUCACGCCAGCAGACAGCGGGCUGAUCACCCCCGGAGGCUUCUCUUCAGUACCCGCCGGCAUGGAGACCCCCGAGCUGAUUGAGCUGAGGAAGAAGAAGAUUGAGGAGGCCAUGGAUGGGAAUGAGACGCCGCAGCUGUUCACCGUUCUUCCAGAGAGACGAACAGGCCCCGUAGGAGCAGCCAUGAUGGCCUCAACACACAUCUACGACAUAUCAGGGGCGAUGGCAGCUCGCAAGGCAGCUGGAGGACAGGAGUCCCAGGGCGUAGAGGUGGCCCUCGCCCCAGAGGAGCUGGAGCUGGACCCCAUGGCCAUGACCCAAAAGUACGAGGAACACGUUAGAGAGCAGCAGGCCCAGGUGGAGAAGGAGGACUUCAGCGACAUGGUGGCCGAGCACGCGGCCAAACAGAAGCAAAAGAAGAGGAAGGCUCAGCCGCAGGACACGCGAGGUGGCGCCAAGAAAUACAAAGAAUUCAAGUUCUAGAGCGGCGAGACGAAACGCAGCGAGAGAACGAGCCACAACAGGAAAUCAAAGAGGAAGAGAAGUACUCAGAUUUUAACACGAGAGGAUGCACAUGGCAACACCAGUCAUCUGUCAGUAACAGUAAACACGUUUUUCUGUCUUUUUCUAAAUAAAAUAAAUAGACAAUGCUUUUAUGUCAUGUAAGACGUGUGACAUGAGAACGGUGACGUGCGUUUCCUCUGUUUAGCCCUACGUUUUAUGUCUUGGUUCUUUUUUUUCACUGUAACCAUGUUUAUUUCUGUUUUUUUGUAAAUAAAUGAAGUGAUGACAAAAGUC